AUGGACGAAACAAGCGACUAUACAGACACGGUCAUGCCUAUGCCAAUCUACACCAUCGCUUACAAAUGCAUCGCUCGCCUUAGUCAAAUCGAGGAGAUUGAUGACCAAGAACUCCUCAAACGCGUGAUCUAUCCAGACGAUGGAGCAACGCCCUUGGGAAAGGGAAAGCGCUCGCCGUUUAACAUUCUCGGGCUUCGCAACAGCUUAUAUGCUGCAUGCGCCGCAAAGUCUGCUAUGGAUCAGCUAAACCUCAUGGCUGCCGAAAUUGAAACAUCCUCUGCUCAACAAACCGAGUUGUCGCUCACGACUAUUCCAGGUGACAAAGACAUAGGUUUUCGACAAAAGACCUCGCGCUUGAUUCGUGAUAGAUUUCCAGCUGCACGCCAAGCUUUAUGCGACCAGUUGGUGGAGUCGGUUGUCAAAAAGCGUCUCAUUAUCUUGCAAGGCAAACUACCAACACCAGCAUUAUGGCCUUGGGACACUCCCACUGAUCUACAAGACAAUUUGUCCGAGUAUCCUCCGUUGCCCCAUAUUGUCAAGAUUCAAGCGCGACUGAAGCCCAACUGGCCCGAAACCCUUCGCAGGCUAGAUGGAGUUCGGUGCCCAUUCUGCACCAAGGAAAUGGUGCUAAGGCGAUCCGACGAUGACAUGCUGGAAUUCUGGAUACAUCAUAUCAACUAA